AUGCUAGGCAGCAAGGACGCCGAGUUCGCGGAGCUGAACAAGGACAAAAAGGUAAACAUGCGGUCUACUCGAACAAAAACCCCGAAUAAUGCCCAGUCGGCGCUGAACCCGCGAGAACAAAGGUCCUCAAGGGCUCGCUCUUCCAGUGCGGCCUGUUUCUCAACUAUCUCGGCUACCCGCACAAGACGACUCAAGCACAUGGCCGUGUUCGAGAGCUGUCUCGACCUCGAGCACUGCCGCGCCAUGCACAUCACGUCGUCGUGGGUGCCCAUGGUCCCCCACCGCUCAGUCCCGCCUAGCAUAGUCGAGCGCUUCUCGCGCAUGUUCUUCGCCAACAUGUUCCUCAAGAUUAGCGCUGCCGACGGCGGCUAG